ACGUUUUGACAGACGUCAAACGGCACCGAAAAAGAAUAGGGAUUUUCUGUACUCGCGACACCACGCGCCUGCCUUAAUCGCAAAUAUAAUAUGGCAGGCAGAGGUACACACGAUAAUAAUAGAUAUGGAGAGCGGCCCCGUAAACCGCUACCGACGGAACCACCGUUCCUGGCGUACGUUGGCAACCUUCCGAACGGCAUCGUGCAGGGCGACAUUAACUCCAUCUUCAAAGAUUACGCGGUAAAGAGCGUGCGUCUGGUGAAGGACAAGGAAACGGACGUGUUCAAAGGCUUCUGCUACGUCGAGUUCGAUACGCUCGAAGACCUGGAGAAGGUGCUCCUGCUGGACCGUAUGAUUGUGCUGAACGAACGACCGGAACCGCUGCGGAUUGAUGUGGCCGAGCAGAAGAAAAAUGACCGCGGUGGUUUUAAUAGGCGCGGUGGUCAACAGAACCGUGGCGGGCCCGGUGGACCGGGUGGUGGCAGUGGCGGCGGCGGCGGCGGCAGCGGUGGCGGCGGUAGCUACAACCGCGGUGGCCCCAACCAGAUGAACAAUCGACCGAUCAGCAGUGGUGGCGUUGGUGGUGGAGGAGGCAGCGGUAGUGGUGGUAUGGAUAGACAUUACGGUAACGAUUACUCCCGAAACGAUUACGAUAGAAACCGCGGUGGACGUCCGAAUAGCUAUAAUGACCGGCCAGCAAAUCGAGGGAGGUACGGCAACUUUGGCGACGAGCGUGACGGCGGUGGCCGGGACGAUUGGAACCGUGACCGUGACGAGGGACGCGGCGGUGGCCGCGGCUACAACGAUCGCGACAACUACGGCCGCGACGAUGGCAAUAGGUACGGCAACUUUGGCCGUAAUAAUCAAUACCGCGACAACGACCGGAGGAAAGAUGGGCCACCACCAUCGCACUACCCUCCGCCACCCUCCAACCCCAGCUCCAACAUCGGGGAGGAACGACCCCGGCUCAAGCUGGCGCCGCGCUCGACGAACGCGCCGCUGAACGCGCUGGCCGAAACGAAGCAGGCGGCCGCCAUCUUCGGCAAUGCGCGGCCCCGCGAGGAGAAGAUCGGCGCGGAGCCUGGCGCGCGAAAGCACGCCAACAGUGUGGGCAGCGAGGGCAGCAGCAGUGCGGACGGUGGUGGCGGCGGCGGAAGCGGCGGCGGUGGCAGCGGCAGUGCAUCCUCCACUACGGGGGCCGAUAAUUAAGAGUGCAGCAACAUUAUCGAGAAAACACACGGAGAAACUAACAGACACACAUACACACAGGUACACACACACACACACACACAUCCAUGCGCACUAUCAAGAUAUGAGAUAUGCUGAAUUAGGUUGAUAAAAGUUAUGGGUAUGAGGAGAUGGCGGAUGGCGGCUGGCUCCUGUUUGCGAUUUCCGGUUCUGUCCACCACUCCUCUACUCACUCUCUUCGCCCUUUCGGUUGCGUGCAGGGGGAAAAAAAGGGGGUAGAGCUUUCUCGGGAGAGGUUGUCUUUUUUUUUGGCGUUGGUUUGUUUCGGGUUUCCCUCUUUUUCCCCCCCGCCGGGAUGUAGACAACAUGAUGGUGUAAGAACGUGCAAAGCUUCUCGAGACCACACGGAGAUUCCCAAAAACCCUCUUCCCUGCGGGAAAUAGGGACCUGUUUUUUUUCUUUAUUCUCGUGCGCAGUGUGUUGUAAUUUAGUUUUUCCUUCCUUUAGGCAUAGGCAAAGUGACGCAAAUCCACUCCACACCGUAAACCUUGUCCCUGCUGGCGUCGUUCCCAUCCUUGCUUGUUUUGUUUCAUUUCCGUGUUAAGCAUCCAGUUUGUACACUUCUCAACUGUUGUGUAUGUAUAAAAGGUAUCCCCCCUACAGUACUACAGUACCGAAUCGUUGCGUUUUACUGUGCUUUAACACUUGGAUUUAAAGAAAAGAGAAGUAGAGUAACAGUGCGUGGAGUGAAAUGUCUUCGAGGAUUGUUUUUUGUCUAACACGGGGAAGGUUUCUGUUUCAAUUCAUACGGUUCUAUCGUGCCAGAAGGGGUGCGUGCUUUUUUUAUUUAAAUACUGGUAAAUAACUCGCGACACUUGUGACAGUAUUCUUCUACAAGUUUUCCCGUUUUCCCCCCGUAUCGUUUUUUUUUUUUUUGAGCGGAGGUCAUUGGGGCAAUCCUUCCGUACUAGCAUCAUUGCCCCUGUUUCUGUUUCCGAUUCCCUUCCUUUCCGUGUAAAGCUCUGCCCUGGAUGCAGGCAUAAGGCACACAGAGGGAGUGAAAGUAUUACAGAAAACCUUUUGCGCAGAACACUAAAGGAGUCCGCUAAAACCGUUCGCGUAGCUCCGAAACAAGCGUCUACAGAGGGGCGCGCAUGAAUGAGAAACACACAACCAACAGUCAAAUCAAACCGAAGCAUGGCGCCGAUGUUGGAUGGCUGAAGAACGGAUUAAAGGAUACUAGUUAAAGGAAUAAUUUAUAUCCACUUGAUUUGUAAGCUUUUUUCUACGAUCUAACAACUACUACGCAUCCAAACGAAAGGGAAGAAGGGGGCCGCUGGAUACUGAUUACAAAUUACAAAUAAUACUGAUAAUAACAAUACAAUACAAUUUAUGAUGAUGAUGAUGAUGAUGAUGAUGGUGCGCGCGCCAGCAAUGUGGGGCCCGAGUGGCACCAACCUACUACUACCACUACUACUACUGCUGCUGCUACAACAAAAAACAAAACAAAAAAACACCACAAACAAUUACAAAAAUCUCUCGCCCUUUUCGCCGGACAAGAAAUGAAUUGGAAAAUGAAAAUGGAAAGAAAGAAUGCCACUUCUUCUUGUGUGAAAGGGCGGCGAGAGACAGGAAGGAAGCUUAAGGCAAUACACCAAACAGCUGUAAAACUUAGGGAAAUGGUGUGCGCGAUCGCGAGAUUUGUUCUGGUGCCGUCUUCUGUGUGUAGUCUGAGCGUAGGUAAGGGUUCCACGCGCUAAAGAGGAGGGAGGGUUCGAAUCUAGAAUUCGCUGUACUCGCGCGUGUGACCGGAAAAAAGGAACUUAUUCCCAAUCUGUUAAAGAGCGUUGCUUUUCCUUUCCGCGUGCGUUUGUUUGUUUCUUUUUUUUUGGGUGUGUUUUACCGAUAAUCGAGCAUAGUACUGAACUGUCUUUUUAUACUUUAUUAUCAUCAGGUCUUUUGCGUUAAGGGAGUUGUUUGUUCGGUUUGAGCGUUGCUGGGGGCAUUUUGGGGCCGCAUUAGGACGUAAUCGUGUAUCGUGUAAUGUGUACCAUUGAUUUUGCGUUGCUGCUAAAAAAAAAUAAUAAAUCAAAUCCUGCUGCAUUACAAACUAAAUCAAGCGAUUGUACAAUUGUGGAAGGCAGGAGUAAAGGUCGCUUUCAGGAUCGAUCGCGGGUUGGGCGAGAUCGAGCUGGCAAUAGUAGGCAACACACUGAGCACCCGCACGGUGGUGGUGGUGAUGUUGAGAAAAUGAAGCUAAGAAUGACCUCUUCACAUCCACUACUUUGUGCUCCCCGUUUUGACCCCCCCCCCCCCCCAAGCUUCAAUAUGCAAUUCCUCUCACUUCCGGACUUUUUGCCCAAAUUAAACGGAAUAAGGUUGAUGAAAAGCUCGUUCUUUCUUUUCCUCCGUUCUGAUUCCCCCCAACCGCGCGUGGUUCAGCUGCGUGCGAGGAAGAGCAAGUGAGCGGCGGAGUAAAAUAUUUCCAAAAAAUAUAUUAAAAAAAGAAAACGUAACAAAAUGAAUAUAAAAAAAAACCGAAAAAAGCAGGCAAAAUGAAAUCCACAAAAAAAAACUAAUCCUGAACAUGUAUGGAAAUGAUGGAAAUUAACAGAAAACAGUAACAACAACAACAAAAAAAUGGAAAAAUGAACAAAAACAAAACAGGUGGAAAAGGAGAGGAUUCAUCGGUGGACGUUGUAAAAACUAGACGAGGCGUACUAUUAUUAAAGAAUCAAUCUCCCUAAACUAAGUGUUGCGCUGUUGGUGGUGUGAUGGGCGACGAACAGCACAGUGCAAAGGCAAAUGAAAUCGUAAGACUAAGAAGCAACAGCAAGCAAGCAGACAAGCAAACAAACAAAACCAAACGAAAUUUCUGAAAUGAGAACACGUCGUGGUUGAAGUACACUUGUGCGCUCUACUGGGAAGGGAAAAGCAUUUGCCAGGCUUUUGCAAUAUAUUAUAUAGUACCCGAAUAACAAAAUGAACCUCUGUGAACAGUCGACACACACACACACA